AUGCUUGUUUCAGACGACGGCGUUGAACGAAUUCCACUAUGUGAGCAGCACUCACCCCUUGCCCUCUAUGAGGCCGACUAUGACACUCAGGGUCAGAAAAUCGGUCAAAUGCUACGGAAAUUGUCAGUCUAUACUGCGACCGAACCAACGUCAGAAGAAGCCGAUGAGAAGCCAAAAACGGCAACAAAAAUGGGUACGAUUAUGGGCGUGUUCUUCCCGUGCAUCCAGAACAUCUUCGGCGUGUUGUUCUUCAUCAGGAUGACAUGGAUUGUGGGUACGGCCGGCAUCGUGCAGGCGUUCUUCGUCGUUCUCACUUGUGUUUCAGUUACAUUUCUUACUGCUAUUUCACUGUCGGCAAUUGCAACGAACGGUGUCGUGUCUGGCGGUGGGCCGUACUACAUGAUCUCUCGCAACCUCGGACCCGAGCUCGGCGGAGCCGUCGGCAUCCUCUUCUACCUGGGCACAACGAUCGCCGCUUCCAUGUAUCUGACAGGAGCCGUGGAGAUAUUCUUGGUGAGUUCGUACAGUGUUUGUGACACCGCUAACGGAUUUUUGAGAGUGCAUUUCUUUCUGUAUUCAGGCGUGCACGAGUAUUUAAAUUGGUCCUUAUUGCCACUUCAUUUAAGAGUAAAACAUUCGUAG